AUGGCAGACUCGCCUGACGCUUCGUCACUGCAUAAGCAGAAGCACAUCAAGUACUGGCAGCGCUGCCACAAGACAUACCUCCCUUCUCCCUACACGGCAUACGACUCAACCCGUCUCACAUUUGCCACCUUUACAAUCUCAGCCCUAGAUCUGCUCGAUGCGCCCCUGACUCCCUCAGAUCGCGCAGCCAUCCGACGCUGGGUACUCAGUCUGCAGCAUCCCGAUGGCGGCUUCUGCGGGAGCUCGACCCAUGCGCUUCAGGGACAGGAUGCAUCAAAGGGAACUUCCAACAUUGCAGCUACGUUUUUUGCGCUCAUUUUGUUGGGUGCUGCAGCAGAGAAUGAGGACGAAGCAAGUGCUGCGUUCAAGGACGUUGAGAGGACGAAACUUCUGAGGUGGUUGAAGGGACUACAGAGAGAAGACGGAAGUUUUGGGCAGAACAUUUGGGAUGGAGAGAUUGUGGGAGGGAGGGAUAUGAGGCACAGUUACUUGGCAAGCUGUAUUCGAUGGAUGCUGAGGGGGGAUGUCAAGGAGGGUGAAGACGCUUGGGUUGAGGAUGUCAACGUUGAUGAGAUGAUUGCCCAUAUCCGGAGAGGACAAACCUAUGACGGCGGAGUUGCCGAGUCCUCACAGCACGAAUCCCACGCCGGCUACGCAUACUGUGCAAUCGGCGCCCUAUCCCUCCUCGACCGUCCCCUAGAUUCUACCUCCGCCCACCCCCCUGAGAGCGCUCUCAAGCAGGGGAUUCCCAACCGUGAAGGACUCCUCCAGUUCCUCGCCUCCAGACAGUUCGCCUACCUCGCCAAGGAAGAAGAGGAGGACGAGGUAGAGGAGAAUUUCCUAGAGAGCAAGCUUGGAGAGACCACCUAUGGGCAUGUUGGUUUCAAUGGACGGUGGAACAAGAAGGCUGAUACGUGCUAUUGUUGGUGGGUUGGCGGUACACUCGCAAUGCUCGGUAACUCAUCCAUCAUCAACGCCCCUCCAUCCCGGCGCUACAUCCUCGACAUCACACAGCACCAAAUCGGCGGCUUCUCCAAGGCCGUAGGAGGACCACCCGACAUGUACCACGCAUACCUAGGUCUCGCUGCCUUGUCGACCAUGGGCGAGACUGACCUGAAAGAGUUUGACGUUGGGCUUUGUUGCAGUAUGGAUACGACGAGGAAGAUUCAGAGGGCGAGGGAUGGGUUGGUUGAGAGUAUUAGGGGGGAGAGGAAGGGAUGGGGGGAUGAUGGGUUCUGGUAG